CUUUCAACCUGUCUACGGUUUACCUGGCAUUUCGAUGGUGACCGGAAGUGGCGUCAAGAAAACGAGCAUCCUUUCGCCGACUUUGGUAGCCGGCACGUGGACAAACGUGCGGUCUGUUGGCUGUCUUCUCACAGGAAGAAAGACGAAUGCAGGUGGGGGGGUGGAUGAUGGCGAUGGUGAUGGUAGGAGGACAAGAGAGCUUUUGCCCGGGAACGAAACACGUCUCGGGUGGGAGAUAGAUAUAAAGAGCAUCGUCUCGGAAUAACGUCUAUCAGUGAGUAUCGCGUUGUUUUCCCAUACACAGUUUAAACACACGGGACACCGUCCAACUCGAUCAGCAUGCUGAAGUUUCAGGUAUUAUGCAUUUUCUGUGCAACGAUUGCAUUCUGCAAGGCGGUGGUCCUAAGUGGAUACAACGGAGGCCAUGGACUUUCGUAUAGCGAUUACGAGGCUUACGAAGGAUACCCGCAAUCAGCUGAAUACGACGGACACGCGGUGCUACCAACGGUAGCAGUUCCGGUUCACGCGGUGUCCGCUUCCCCUGUACACCUGAGCGCAGCUCUUGAUCAUGGAUCUCAGGGUUACGAUCACCAUGGUGAUCAUGAUCAUGACUAUUAUGCGCAUCCAAAGUACACGUUCAAUUAUGGUGUCCACGAUCCCCAUACCGGGGAUGUGAAGACCCAACACGAGGUACGCGACGGAGACGUCGUCCACGGUUCGUACAGCGUCAACGAACCUGACGGAACUGUCAGGAUCGUCGAAUACACAGCUGAUGACCAUAAUGGAUUCAAUGCUGUGGUGAAGAAAGUUGGACCAGCUGUUCAUCCGAAACCCGUACCCGUCGCGAAGUACGUCUCGCCAGCGUAUUACAACAGUUACGAGGACUACGAGAAACACUAUUAA